UCUGUUAAAUGGACUAGCCAGUGUUCACAUAACAAACAAGUUCAAUUAACGAUUUCCUCUCGUUGGCAGUUAACUAUAUGCUGCGGGAUCAUUUUGAGUGGAAAACUUCCAUUUGUAUGUAAAGCCGGGAGAAGGGAAGUAUGGUUUCGGUGAUGCAACCGUUUAUGGAUGUUGAGAGCUCGAGAAGUUACAUUGACGAACUAUACUCGCUGGACCCACAGAAAUGCUUAGAAGCUAUUAUAUGUCUAAAAAAUUCUGUGAUUGGAAGCAAUAGGCAGAAAGGAUCUGUAAUAGCACAAGGUGUAGUGCCUCGUUUAUUGCAACUUCUCGGAGAUUCGUCAGAUAGAAUUGGAGACAAUAUAAGGCUCGAGGCUGCAGUGACUUUGGGUUCUUUGGCCAAAGGGACGGACCAGCACGUCCUGGCACUCAUAGAUCUUGGUGUAGUGCCAUUGCUUUUUCAGGUUAUAUUAUCCACGCCAGUCACAGAAACGUCAUUCGAAGGAAAACCAAAAAUUACGGAUCUGUUGAAUGAGUCAUGCCUUCGUUGCUUGAGAACAGUAUUUCAACAUCCGGCAGCACCAGUUCACUCGAUAUAUCAGGAUCCCGCACUAGUGCCAAGAUUAGUAUCGUUAGCGAAUCAAUGCGUCACUUGUCAAAUUUGUGUAGCAACAAUUUUAACAACAGCGUGCAAGACGACAGAGGAGCAAAGUGCUUUGGCCAAAGGAGGCGCAGUAGAAACAUUAGCAAUGCAGUUGGAUUCCCCAUUACCUGACGUUCAGUUGUCGGCUUUAGCAUGCUUGGCAAAUAUGUGUUACAAGAAUUAUAGGGUAUGUGUUAUGGUUGCGUCGGCAACUACCAGCAAUACACCGCAGGGUAGGCUUGUACCUGCAGCAUUAGGACUGUUAAUGGGUCGUGAGAAAAGCUCGUUAAUUCAACUUGAAGCUGCAAGAUGUGUUACGUAUAUGCACAGGACUGGAGUUUUACUAUACAAAGAUCCAAGAAUUAUAUACCGUGCUUUGCCUUGUUUGGUGCGACUUUGUCAUCGAGAUCAUCCACCGCGUGAAAGAGUAGCGGCGGCCGAAACCCUGGCUUUCCUUACUGAAGUUAAUACCGAAUUGCAACGUCUAGCUUCCAUUAGCAAUCAUUUAAUUCCUACUCUUGCAGAAUUAUUGCGAUGUCAUCCGCAUGUACAAGAUACAACGUUGACGCAAGAUAUGCGACAAGCUGCGUUCAGGGCAUUUGCGUCUCUUGGUGCUAAUGACGAAGAUAUUAGGAAACGUAUUAUCGAGACACAAAGUCUUAUGGAGCAAGUGGUAGCGGGCCUUCAGGAUCCAGGGGGUUCUCACGUACGUUUAGCAGCAGUUAGAUGCCUUCAUUCUCUUUCUAGAAGCGUUCAACAACUUCGAACGACAUUUCAAGAUCACGCUGUUUGGAGACCACUUAUGCAGUUGUUACACGGCGCGGACAAAGGAUUGGAAGGUAGAGGUGAAAGCGAAGUUGAUUUAUUAACUGUUGCCUCGAGUACUUUAUGUAACCUGUUGUUGGAAUUUAGCCCAAGCAAAGAACCGAUUCUUGAAUCCGGAGGGAUAGAGUUAUUGUGCUCGCUCACAAAACGAUGUACACCGGCGUUGCGAUUAAAUGGAAUUUGGGCUUUGAUGAACGUGGCUUUUCAAGCGGAACAGCAAGUAAAAUUGCAGAUUUUACAAUGCUUGGGAACAGAUCAAAUCUUUUGUCUUCUGGCCGAUCAAGAUAUACCAGUUUUAAUGAAGACAUUAGGUUUAUUGCGAAACUUGCUCUCUACGAAAGCACACAUAGAUCGUAUAAUGGGAGAGCAUGCUGCUCACGUUAUGCAAGCUGUUAUAUUAGUUUUAGAAGACCCAAGACAUCCAGCAGAUGUAAAGGAACAAGCUCUCUGUAUUUUAGCGAAUGUAGCCGAUGGAAACAGAGCGAAGGAUCAUAUUAUGGCUAAUGAAGAUGUGCUUAAAAAACUUAUGGAUUAUAUGAUGCAUAGCAAUGUAAAAUUGCAAGUUGCUGCAGUUUUUUGCGUGUGCAACCUAGUCUGGAGGGAAGAACCUGGUGCUGCACAACGGCAAGCACGUUUGAAAGAACUAGGCUUUUAUCGUAUUCUGCAACAAUUACGUCAUAGCAAAGAUCUUCAAUUAUUUGAUAAGUAUGACAGACAAUCUUUGAAUAUUCUUUUUUAUUUGCAUUUUUAUUUAUGUUUAAAAAUGAUCUUUAAUUGUUCUUGUAAAUUAUAAUAAUCCAAUAAGAUAUU